UUCUCAGCCUUUUCCUCCCUCUUUCUUUUAAGUUCUACCCCGCAUUUUUCGGUCGCGGAUUUAGGGUCUCCGAAGCGAGGGGCUCGUGUCCUUCGCCGGGUUUCAAGAUCCAUUGUUCCCAAUUGAUUCCUAACGCAUGUAUGUCUCUGCUUUUUCUCUAGGCAACAUUCUUCACGACAAUCUCACCAAUUAUAAAGUUGAACGAAUUUGGAGGUGGGGUUUUGAAGAUCGUGAAUGUUCAGGUUCUUUGGUUGUGAAUUCAGCUGAAUUAGAGAUGGGUUUUUGCUGAUUUUCUUCGUAGUUGUAUUGAAUGCAGUAGAGGGGUUUGUUUUUUAUCGUUGUGACAAUGCCCUCGACGGAGAAUUCGGGUUCUUCUUCACCUUUGGCCUCAUUGGGUCGUUCAAUUUGGAGUUUUAGGAGAGAACAGGUCCAUUCCAUGGAAGGUAAUCACGACACGAGUGCCCUCGAAUCGGAGCUCGAAUCGUUCCAACAGAAAGUGGCGGAACGAUUUCAGGACCUCUCGGGUGCUAGCAAUGAUGAAUUACUCUCUAUUCCAUGGAUGGGAAAGCUUCUGGAUUUGUUCCUUUCCUCUUUGGAGGAAUUCAGAGUUCUCUUGUUGAAGAACAAAGGAGAGGUCACCAAACCGCCGUUGGACCGCUUGGUUGAUGAUUUCUUCGAAAGGAGUGUGAAAGCGCUUGAUAUUUGUAACGCUACUCGUGAUGGGAUUGAGAAGAUCAGGCAGUGGCAGAAGCAUUUGGAGAUUGUCCUGUGCGCCUUGGACUCCCACAAGAGGGCAUUGAGUGAGGGCCAAUUCCGCCGAGCAAGAAAGGCGCUCCUGGAUUUGGCGCUCACUAUGCUCGACGAAAGAGACUCCUCUGGCUCAGUGUUUUCUCACCGGAACCGUUCUUUUGGGCGUCACAACUUGAAGAAGGAUACUCAUCAUCAGCAUUCUCAACAAUCUACCGGGCAUUCUCGCUCUCUUUCGUGGAGUGUAUCGCAUUCUUGGUCAGCUUCUAAACAACUCCAGUCCAUUGCAAACAACUUGGUGCCACCCCGAGGGAAUGAGAUUGUGGCCACAAAUGGGCUUGCAGUGGCAGUUUUUACAAUGAGUUUUGUUCUUAUGUUUAUCCUUUGGGCUCUUGUUGCUGCAAUCCCGUGUCAGGAUCGUGGUCUUAAUGUCCAUUUUUCAGUUCCGCGGAACUUCUCCUGGGGAAUGCCAUUGAUGUCACUUCAAAAUCGAAUUUUGGAGGAUUCAAAGAAGCGGGAACACAAGAACUCCAAUGGAUUGCUUAGGGAGAUUUAUCAGGUGGAGAGAGGCACACGGCACAUGACAGACUUGGUGGAUUCGGUUCAGUUUCCCUUGUCAGAGGAACAGAAAAUGGAGGUUGAACAAAGGGUACAAGAGAUAGCGCUGGUUUGUGAGUCAUUUCGGAGUGGAUUAGAUCCGUUGGAGCGCCAAGUAAGAGAAGUGUUCCGCAGAAUUAUGGCUUGUCGAACCGAGGGUCUUGAUAUCUUGAAUAGGGGAAAUGAUUUGGAGUAAUUUGAAUCGGUGGAAGUUUAUAGUAAAGCUGAGCUUCAAAGUGUACAAAAUCUGCGAAUGUGUUUACUUUAUUGAAUUUUGAGGUUAAUUACCAUGAGAUGAGCUGUAACCAAGAAAAUGAGUCAAGUUCUCUUAUAAUUUAUCUCUAUACUAUACUCUCUGUAAAAAUAUAGUGUUUCAAAUUGAUCUUUUGGUGAAGUAGUA